CACCACCACCCCCCAAUGCCGCCUGCACUGCACGGCGAGAAGACCGAGAAGCGUGGGCCGUCCGCGUCGUCGCCGUCCUCCUCUGAUCCGAGAGGAUAAGCAAGAUUCAUGGCGAUUGGCUGAACACCCACGAAAGUUGCGCCGCCCAUUCCCAUCUCUCUCUGUCUCUCUCUGUCCGACCCUCUUUUCCCGUGCUUUGUUUGCUUCGACCCAUCUGGAGCUUUUCUUGGGCUUUUCUUGUCUAUAAAGAAUGGCUGCAGCUCCUUUCGUUCACGCGCAGUGCGGUUGCUCGCCGAGGCUCGGUGGCGGUUUCAGGAACGGCAAGCACGGAUCUGUCGGUUCUACCUCGUACCCUUGUUCAUCUACUGCGCCGUGUCCUUCAUCUUCUUCUCCGCCGCCGCCGUCGUCGUCGUCGUCUUCCUCCUCCUCCUCCUCUUCUUCUUCGAUCGGAAUAAGUAACAACAGAAACUACCACGGUUUUAGGGCUCAAGCUAUGAGCACUACUACUCGAGGAACAUCCCCUCAGGGAACUACGACUCUAAAAAAUGAACCAGACCAUCUGCUUGUUCUGGUACAUGGCAUCCAAGGAAGCCCAAGUGACUGGCUAUAUGUAGAAGCAGAACUUAAAAGGCGCUUGGGAAGAAACUUCCUCAUAUAUGCAAGUUCGACUAACGCUUACGCUAAAACAUUUGAUGGUAUUGAUGGAGCAGGAAGACGACUAGCCGAUGAAGUCACGCAAGUAGUUCAAAAGACAGACGGUCUGAAGAAGAUAUCCUUUUUAGCUCAUUCCCUUGGUGGAUUGUUUGCAAGAUAUGCUGUAGCUGUGCUAUACUCUGCAAGUGCUUCGCUUACAGACCAAUCAGAGGAUUAUAGUUCUACAUCUUCAAAUUUGGAGAAAUCCUCAUCCAAGCAAGGUUUGAUUGCUGGAUUGGAACCAAUCAAUUUCAUCACUUUGGCGACUCCUCAUCUGGGGGUGAGAGGGAGGAGACAGCUUCCUUUCCUCCUAGGAGUCCGCUUCUUGGAAAAACUUGCUGCACCAAUGGCUCCAUUUGUAGCUGGCCGAACUGGAGCCCAAUUAUUCCUAACAGAUGGCAAACCUAAUAAACCUCCUCUUCUAUUGAGAAUGGCGUCUGAUUGUGAAGAUGGAAAAUUUCUAUCUGCUCUUGGUGCAUUUAGAUGUCGAAUUCUUUACGCUAAUGUCUCGUACGACCACAUGGUGGGCUGGCGCACAUCCUCUAUAAGGAGGGAAAAAGAACUUGUAAAGCCUCCUCGUCGUUCUUUGGAUGGCUACAAACAUGUAGUAGAUGUUGAGUAUUGUCCACCCAUAUCCUCAGACGGCCCACAUUUUCCUCGAGAAGCUGCAAGAGCCAAGGAGGCAGCACAGAAUGAACCUAGCAUAAAAAAUACGGUCAAGUACCAUGAAAUCAUGGAAGAGGAAAUGAUACAAGGCUUACAACAGUUGGGAUGGAAAAAAGUCGAUGUCAGUUUUCACUCGGCAUUCUGGCCCUUCCUGGCCCAUAAUAACAUGCAUGUGAAAUAUGAAUGGCUUCAUAAUGCUGGUGCUGGAGUGGUUGCUCAUGUUGCUGACAGCCUAAAACAGCAAGAGUCCUCCACAAUAAUAGCUGCAAGCUUAUAGCAUUUUUAAUGUCUCCGUGUACAUUAAUAUCGUGAAUAAAUGGUAAAUACUUUUGGUCCA